UUCAUCAGUCAUCGACGCUUGGCGCAAGCUGGACUCUUGGUCUGCAGUGUUCGACGCUUAGUGCAAGCUGAGACUCUUGGUCUACGAAAUAAGCUCUCCAACGGUGAUGAACUCUUGGUUCGACGCUUGGUGCAAGCUGGACUCUUGGUCUGCAGUGUUCGACGCCUAGUGCAAGCCAAUUGGGUUUCAUCAAAGAAUUUAAAAAAGGAUUCGGAUAUACGUAUGAAUAUUGAGCAUCUGCAGAUAGAACAACUUGCAACCGGAGAUUCCCAGAUUACCAACAACCACUGCAUAAGAAAUUACCAAGAUGCGAAUAAUGGAGGGGAUUCUUCCUCGAUUAAGAGGAAAGAGAAAAUCUGA